AUGAAAUCUGAUUUUAAGUUUUCAAAUCUACUAGGGACCGUUUAUAAAAAGGGAAAUUUAGUAUUUACAGAAGAUGGAAGCAAACUAUUAUCCCCAGUUGGAAAUCGUGUGUCUUGUUUCGAUCUAAUUAAAUCACAAUCAUUUACCUUUCCUUACCAACAUAGAAAAAAUAUACAAUGCUUAGCUUUAAAUAAACAGAACACAUUGAUGAUAUCCAUAGAUGAAGAUGGCAGAGCAAUACUAGUAAAUUUCAUCUCAAGAAUCGUUUUGCAUCACUUCAAUUUCAAAUCAAAAGUGAAUACUAUUAAAUUCAGUCCAUGUGGGAACUACUUUGCAGUAGCCAUAGAAAGAUUUGUCCAAGUGUGGAAAACCCCAGAUUUCACAGAGGAAAGACAAUUUGCCCCAUUUGUGAGGCAUAGAAUUUAUCUGGGUCAUUUCGAUGAUGUCUUAAGUGUAUCAUGGUCACAAGAUUCACGAUUUUUCAUAAGUACUAGCAAAGAUAUGACAGCAAAAAUCUAUUCAAUUGAUUCAGAUGAAAGUAACGUCUCAAGGACGUUUUCAGGUCAUAGAGACAAUGUUAUAAAUGCGUUUUUCAGUAAAAAUCAAGAGAUCAUUUACACAAUUAGUAAAGACGGAGCGUUAUUCAAAUGGGAGUAUACAGAACCUAUAUCAAAAGACGACGAGGAUGGUCAUGAAGAAAAUCAUGAAGAACAAACCAACAAAAUGGAAUGGAGAAUAACAGAGAAAAAUUUUUUUUAUGCAAAUGGAAAACUAAAAUCUUCUACAUUUCAUGCACAAUCGAAUCUUUUGGUAGUGGGGUUUAGUAAUGGAGAAUUUAGAGUAUACGAAAUUGAAGAUGGAUUUAACCUUAUACAGCUGUUAAGUAUGGGACAAAAUACUGUUAACACAGUAAGUAUAAAUAACACAGGGGAAUGGUUAGCUUUUGGCUCAUCAAAAUUGGGCCAAUUGUUAGUCUACGAGUGGCAAAGUGAAUCAUACAUACUAAAGCAACAGGGCCAUUUUGACUCGAUGAACACUCUUUGUUAUACUCCAGAUGGCUCAAGGUUGGUCACUGGAUCUGAUGAUGGGAAAAUUAAAAUUUGGGAUGUCGCUUCAGGAUUUUGCUUAGUGACAUUCACAGAACAUACAUCUGCCGUUACACAGGUACAAGUAGCUAAGAAAGGUCAUGUACUAUUUUCAGCUUCGUUGGAUGGAACAAUACGUGCUUAUGAUUUGAUACGGUUCAGAAAUUUCAAGACAUUUACAGCUGCUUCAAGAAUUCAAUUUAAUUGUCUUGCGGUUGAUCCAAGCGGAGAGAUUAUUGUUGGUGGAUCUCAAGACAGUUUUGAGAUUUUUGUUUGGUCAGUUCAAACCGGUCAAUUACUAGAAUCAUUGACUGGACAUGAGGGCCCCAUAUCUUGUUUAACAUUUGGUCAAGAAAACUCAAUACUAGCGUCUGCAUCUUGGGACAAAACUGUUAGAGUGUGGAAUAUCUUUGCAAGAAAUCAAACAGUUGAGCCUAUUGAAGUUCAAAGUGAUGUUUUGUGUCUUUGUAUGAGACCUGAUUGUAAGGAGCUCUCUAUAUCAACAUUAGAUGGUCAUAUUACAAUCUUUGAUAUAGAAGAUGCUAAACAAUUACAUUUAAUAGAUGGAAGAAAAGAUAUAAUAAGUGGAAGAUUUUUACAAGAUAAAUUUGUAAGCAAAAAUUCGAAUCGUGGGAAAUAUUUUAGUACUAUUACUUAUUCAUUUGAUGGCCUGACUUUGUUGGCGGGUGGUAAUAAUAACUCAAUUUGCAUGUACGAUAUUGACAAUGAAGUGUUAAUAAAAAGAUUCAUAAUAUCGGAGAAUAUGUCCAUUGAUGGUACUUUACAAAAAUUAAAUAGUUCAAAAAUAACAGAUGCAGGUAUCAACUCUGAUUUGCUCGACAAAGAUGGAGAGAAUAGUGACUUAGAAGACAGAAUGGACUUGAGUCUACCAGGUUCAAAUAGAGGAGGGGAUCCAACUGAAAGAAAAACAAGACCAGAAAUAAGGUGCUUAUCACUACAAUUUUCACCAACUACAUCAGCAUUUGCUGCAGCCACCACUGAAGGUCUCUUGAUUUACUCGAUAAACCAAGAGUUGAUAUUUGACCCAUUUGAUUUGGAUGUUGACAUUACCCCAGAAUCUGCUCUAGAAGCAUUAAAGGACAAAGAAUAUUUAUUAGCAUUAAUAAUGGCAUUACGUCUUAAUGAAUCCUAUUUAAUUCAUCAAAUUUUGGAAAAUGUACCAUUAGUAGAUAUAAAAUUGGUUUGUCAAGAUUUGCCAAAAAUAUAUGUGAAUAGGAUUUUAAACUUUAUUGGAGAAUUAUUUAUAAAACAAGAUUCCCCACAUAUUGAAUUUUAUUUAAUUUGGAUUAAAAAUUUAUUGAUUCUGCAUGGUGCUUACAUAUCAAGUCAUAAGUUUGAAUUCAGAUCUUCUUUGAAAUUGAUUUCUAGGUAUCUUAAUAAAACAGCGAAAGAGGUUGUGGCUAUCGGAAAGAAGAAUGAUUAUUUAUUAAGUUUUCUUACAGUGAGCAAAAAUUUAAAAGAUGAUGAGCAAAACAUCAACGGUGAUCACAAUGAUGAGAAUGGAACUGGAUUUGAGGUGGAUGAGGAAGUCGACGGAGAUGAGGAUAUUGAUGAUGAUGAAGAAUUAGUGGAAGAAGAAGAAGAAGAUGAUGAUGAAGGAGGUUGGUUAGGUCCAGAUACUAAAAAAUCCCUGGGUAUCAAAUUCUCAGGUUUUGAUGGAGAAGACGAUAGCGAGGAGGAGGAUGAAGAAGAAGGUCAAUCAGAUGAAGAAUUAAUAGAAGUAUAG